GUUUAGCGUGUCUACAGCGGAUGUGUUCCAAACUCAGCACAACAACACACACUGACACUUCAGCUGGAUUUUCUGACUCGUUUGGCUCCAAAAAAACACUCGACACCAUUACAAACUUCACAGACAGGAUCAUUAACACACUAAGAGUCGGAUAACGCAGCGGGCGGAGGGUUUAUGUCGUAGAAUCCGCAGGUUUUGGGUCUGGUUCCGCCUGAAUCAUGUCCUGCUGUCUGCUGGAUUUCGGCCGGGUCCAGGAGCUCAAACAGGUGCGAGAGUUUCUGUUCCCCAAGCACAACAGCGCUGGACCCGAGGAAGAGAAAACACAAGCAGAGAAUGAGUUAACAUGGGAUGACUCUGACUGGGGCUCUUGGGAGAAUCCUGAUGGUCCUAAAGAGGAUGGAGCUCAGGUCAUUAUUGACUCAACCAAAUGUCAUUCUAAACCUGCUGAAGAGGAGGAGCAGCAGAGCGCCCCCUGGUUACAGGACUGUGUGCUGUCUCUCUCGCCCUGCUCAGAUCUGCUGGUCAUCGCUCGAGAGCACAAAGCCGCAUUUCUCACUGCCAAGUGGCGGACAGAUGAGAGUGGUCAGGAGGAAAUGACCCUCGCUGUGACCUGGAGUGGAACGCUGAGCGCUGACGAGGGGGAGUGUAUCAGUAGUGUUAUCUGUAUUCCACUGGCCAGCCAGAAGAGGAGUUCUACCGGUCGGCCUGAUUGGACCUGUAUUGUGGUUGGAUUCAGCUCAGGAUAUGUCCGUUUCUACACAGAGAGCGGUGUUCUUCUGUUGGCCCAAUUGUUGCAUGAAGAUCCUGUGCUACGACUGAAGUGUCGCACCUAUGAGAUCCCACGUCACCCUGGAGUAACGGAACAGCACGAGGAGCUCAGUAUUCUGUACCCAGCAGCCCUUGUCACCAUCGAUGGAUUUAGUCUCUUCCAGUCUUUACGUGCCUGUCGAAACCAGGUUGCCAGAGCUGCAGCAGCAGGAAGUGAUGUCAUCCAGCCUCCACCACUGGCCUAUAAGAAAUGGGGCCUGCAAGACAUGGACACAAUUACAGACCAUUCCAGCAUAGGUAUCACUACUCUGAGUGUGUUCGAUCAGAUGAAAAAUGCAUCUAACCUUGGAGGAUUUCAUGCUUCGGUUAAAGGAAGUCCUCCUGCUAUGAGUCAGUACAUCACAGUGGGAGGUGGACCCUACACUGGCUUCUUCUACGCUAUAGAGGGUAGUUCUCAGCCUCUUCUCUCCCAUGUGGCUCUGGCUGUGGCCAGCAAACUCACAUCAGCUCUGUUCAGUGCUGCCAGUGGUUGGUUGGGAUGGAAGACUAAAAAUGAAGAGGAGUCAGUGCAGAAACAGAAGCCAAAAGUGGAGCCAGCCACAGCGCUUCCUGUUCGGUUCGGCCUUCCAGAUUCUCGUCGACAUGGCGAGUCUAUCUGUCUCUCUCCAUGUAACACUCUGGCUGGCGUCACAGAUGACUUUGGCAGAGUCACGCUGCUGGAUGUGGCACGAGGCAUCGCUAUCAGGAUGUGGAAGGGCUAUCGUGAUGCUCAGCUCGGAUGGGUGCAGGUGUCAGAGGCUCGUGGGGAGAGAGAUCUAGCCACAUCUCCUUCUAUGCCCCGCCGGCAUGCCCAGUUUCUCGUGAUUUACGCCCCACGUAGGGGUAUUUUAGAGGUGUGGGGAACUCAGCAUGGUCCACGAGUAGGGGCUUUUACUGUAGGCAAACACUGCAGGCUGCUGUACGCAGGUCACAGGUUAAUGGGUGUGAACAGUGUUACCAGUCAGGGCUGGCAAAUCCACACACAACAAGUGUGUCUGUUUGACCUGGUUAAUGGAGCACUGAGAGCCGUCACCAUACCAUUCCACCUGGCACUCAGUGAUAAGAAGAGCGAGCGCGCUAAAGACAUGCACCUUCUGAGGAGACUCACCACUUUACUGAGGAGCAGGGAGGUGGAGCCAGCUCUGCUUGAGAGUGAAGCACAAAGUGUGUUACUGGACAUUAAACAUCCAGCUAUUAAGAAACAGGCCCUGGAGUCACUUUUGUCCAAUAAGACUGCACCAGUGUCCUGUUUGACCAAUGUUACUGGUGCAUUAUUGGCUAGCCUGAAAGAACAAGAUCCUGAAGCUGUUGAUGAGUCUUUGCUGCAGUUUUGCUCAUCCCAGCUCAAACUUCUCCAGCUCUACACAGACGUUCAGUUACUGCACACACCAGAUGCAUCACCCACUGAGCCAGAACAUCCGUCGUUUUCUGGCAUUGAGGAUGAUCUUGCUCGUGUCGGGCCAGUCCUGCAGCGAUACACAGAGAUGAACUCUCGGCCAUGCGUCUCAUUUGCUCAAGACUCAAGUGAGCCACUUCCAGUCCGAACAUUUCUGUCUCAGUUGGAGUGGUUGAAUGGAGAGCUCAGAGUGAUUAAACAACCUGAUACCGAUUGGACCCAGCUGGGUAGUUUCCUGUUCUGGGGUUGUCUGUCUGGUCAGAGUCCUUUACAAAGAGUGUGUGAGACUCUGCAGGAAAGUGGCAUCAGCCCUCAGCAGCUACUGUCUUUGCUUUUGUCAGUUUGGCUGAACAAAGAGAAGGAUGUGCUGAAGUGCCCAGACGCCGUCUCACACCUGCACACGCUGCUGUCCACCCUCAGCUCCAUGAAAGGAGCGGUGGAUGAGUCAUGGGACGGGCAGUGUGUCUCACCCUGGUGGCAGCAGGUGCGCACAGCUUGUGUUCAGUCUGAGAGCUCCGCCGCCGCACUGCUGGCUGCUCUAGUCGCUCAUCGUGUAGCCAAGAAUGCCAUCACCAGGCUGGCAGAGAGCAAGUUCCAGGAGUGGGAAUGUGUUUCUCUGGAGUUGGAGCAGUGGGUGGUGUGUAUAAAGCAGUUGGAGGAUGUUCUUGCUCUGCAGACACUGCUCUGCUUGCCGUCUCCUCAGGGCUCUACAAGUGGCGCUGUCACACGCUGCUCGGUCAAAACACUAUUAGAGAGUGGCAGAGGUGGUGCAGCAGACUAUGUUUCGAAGUUGCUCUUCAGACAGGGUGUGUCUCCAGAUCUCCUGAGGGAUAUCCUGCAGCGGAGGGGAGAGAAUGAACCGACAGCACAGCCAGCACAGCAAGACCGGGAGGACAAACUGGAGGAGCUGCUGGAGUGUGUGUGUCAGCGGUUCCCAAAUUCUCUGUCUCCUGAUGUGCUGUUUGCUCACUGUAGCUGGGAAAACGUGGUCCAGUGGAACAAAGACCCAGAGGUGGGGCAGUACUUUGAGUGGUCUGUGGAGUUUUUAAAGAUGAUAUCCAGUCCUCACAUUCAGUUGGGAGUCUCUGCUAUGAUGUGGCAGACCUUCAUAGUCAAGCGCUUUUCGGCUGCUGCCUUCCUAAUGGAAAAGGUGGGAAAGGCACCUAAAGACCGGCUGUGCAGACGGGAUGUAGGAAUGGGAGACGCCGCUGUGAGGAGUUUCCUGGGCUCUUGUGUGCAGUUACUACAGGCCCUGAUGGAGGUCUCAUCUUCCUCUUUUCUCCCUUCUUUUCCUUUUUUCUCCAGAGCGGAUUCAGCGGUUGAGGAAGUGUCUGCUCCAGAUGUGUGUGUGGAGGAAGUGUGGGGCGGUGCUGAGGGUCCAGUGUCUAUAGUGGAGUUAGCUCUGGAUCAGAGGUCUGUUCACUAUCCGCUCGUGCAGCAUCACUGUGUGUUAGCGUCACUGCUACAUGCCACCAUGACCUUCUCUCUGCGUCUGAAACCGCUCAGUUUGUUCGACAGCAAGGGUAAGAAUGCGUUUUUUAGAGAUUUGUCAUCCAUUCAGUUGCUGCCCAGUGGAGACAUGGACCCCAGCCUGGUGGCUUUGAGACAAGAGUUUCUGAUGAACGUGUUUACAGGCUGGGUGAAGGUUCUAGCAGAAUCGGAGGAGAAUGGUGUCAAACACAGCGGUGCUGAAGACAUGUGGCCAUCUGUGUGUAUGGAGCUCUCGUCUCUACUGCAGGUCAAUACUGACAUCCUGCGCAGACACCUCGUCUGUGAGCUCUACAACCAGGGCCUGGACUUGCGGGCCGAGGAGGUGAUGAUGGAGGUGCAGGACAAGGAUGUUUUGGGCUCUCAGCUGCUGGUGUUGACUGGUCAGAGACUCUCCUUCUCUCUGCUCCAUGCCCAGUCACAGACCAAACCCAGCAUGGAGCUGUUGGCCCGUCUGCCGCCCACGCUCUGCACCUGGCUGAAGGCUAUGGACCCUAGUGAGCUGCGCUGUCCCUCGGUCCCUCUGUCUCAAAGCAGUCGACUGAUUAGCAAAGUCAUCGAGAUGCUCCCCGAAAACCAUGCCCAGUACAGCCUUGCCCUCCACCUGCUGGAGGCCGUGGACUCUUUCCAUGAAGAGCCCUGAUAUUAAGAAAUGCACGGGAGGAGAGAAUGAGACUUUUUUUUAUAUAUUCUAGACUUCAAAAGUUUUCCAGAAUCCCUGAGACAUGGAAAACCACCCAGUCAUCAUUAUCAUUAUGAGUAAUCUGCUUAAUUUAGCAGACCUUGAAUUUCUUUUCACAAUGAUCACUAAAAUAACAUAUCAAGAGCAAUAGCACAUCUAGAGCAUGUGCUAUCCCACAAUGCCUGUGCACACUGAACAUGUCACAAAUAAAGAGCCUGGAGUCUCUAGUGUCUAGAGUAUUAUUAGGAUAAAAACAACUUUAUUCAUGUACAGUAGUUCUGUAAUUAAAGAUGAUUGGCAUUCUUUACAAGGAAGCUUUAAAAUAAUAUUGUGCUGUAAUCAGUAUAAUCAAAAAUUUCAGAAUCUUAACACCAUGGGGGGGGGGGGUCUAUUUUCUAUUUCAAAUUCUAAAUGUUCUUGUUCAUUUAUUCUGACAGUUAAUCAUUGAUCUCAUUGAUGCUGUUUAGUAGCAAACAAGCUCUAAAAUGUCAUGCUAUUGUGUUAUUUUAAAUGUAUAAGUUUAGGUGUGGUUUCAAGACGAGACAAAAGAAAGAUUUCACUUAAGUAGAGCUGAACUUUUAUGCAGUCUUGUACCAGCUGUGCCUGGCUGCUCAUUUAAUGCAACGUUAACCAUGAUACCAAAAAUAAAGACAAUUUCGGAGAA